AUGAGCCACGACGCAGCAGGUGGAUCAGUGACAAGAGAUAUUCGAGACGCUGGACUAAUUCUACUAGAGCGCCACAAUAUCCUGAGUCAUAGCAGGAUCGUUGUAUGGCUUCAAAACACUCAUGCAGAGCCAAUACGAGUUCGCAUUCGCUUUGAAAUCUCAAAACUACAGCUCAAUACCUUUCAUGUUACAAAUAUGAGCGGUACGAUGUAG